UUGUUGUUUGUUUCUGUUGCAGAAUGUCUACCAGAAAUCGGGGGAAACUAGUCACCUCUUAUCUAUGACAUCUUACAUUGGCUGCGGAAUAUCAUUUGUCUGCCUCAUUCUUACAAUAAUAAUUCAUGUUUGUUGCAAAAAUCUAUGGAAAUUAAUGGCUUCAAAGAUUUUAAUAAACUUGUGCGUUUCUUUGGCUAUCACUACUUUGAUCUUUCUUGUUGGGAUGCAACCGUAUGCCUCAAAAAAAUUACCUGCUUGUAAGGCCGUGGCUGCUCUGUUACACUAUUUCCUUUUGACUUCUCUGAUGUGGAUGGCAGUCGAAGCACUUCAUGUUUUUCUGGCUGCGGUUGUUGUAUUUAAAACAUUUCAGUCACAUUUUCUGCUGACGAGUUCAAUUGUGGCCUGGGGUGUUCCAGGUGUGAUUGUCAUAAUUACUCUUGUAAUUAACGACACGAACAAUUACGUUAGAAUUGAACAAGUCUGUUGGUUAACCAAGGGACCUUUCUAUGCCGCUUUCCUGGCUCCCGUGGCCAUCAUCCUCCUCUUCAACCUUACCAUGUUCUUCCUCGUCAUCUUACGACUCAUCUCAAUGCAAAGGGACAAACACUUCCAACACAAAACAAGAAAACCACGUAUUUUGGGUAUCGUUGGUUUGAUUUCCCUGUUUGGGUUGUCCUGGGUCUUAGCAUUCCUCGCUUUUGGCGAAGCAGCUCAAGUGUUUCAAUUACUCUUCGCUAUCUUCAAUACCCUUCAAGGAAUGUUUAUUUUCAUAUUCUACUGUAUAUGCAAGAAAGAUGCCAGAGAUGUCAUUUGUCCGUGUUUACGUAAAGGAAAGAAACAAAACGCCAGAAAUCGUGUAGAACCAAUACAAACUUCAGAAAAUUCCAGAACAGCAGAAACGAAUGCAUAAAUGGAAAUAUAAAAGCAAAAAUCUGUAAAUUGACAGAAUAAAGAAACAUUGAUGAGAAUAAUAACGACGAUAAUCCACCAAAUAUAUAAUCUACUUGGAUUAUAAGAAUUAAAACAUUAAUGGUAGAUGAAAACUUGCAAAUUAACAUUCCUCAAAACCGUCAGAUCAUGAAAGGACCAGUUGAAAGUAAUGACAAAAAUUAUAUAAAAUAGUAGAAAGCAGCGGAAAUUCUGUAGGUUUCUCUACUAAACAUAGUUACAUAUAAACAAUUUUCUCAAUUCAUACUGUUCCUUCCAAAAAUAUUUUCCGUUUUAGAAGAAGAAGCCCAGUAAUUGAAAAGAGCCAAUAUAUAUUUUUUUCAUUAAUAACUGUUGCUUAAAUUAAAAUACACAUCGGAACAUAAUUAAUGAAAACAAC